AUGCCGUCGCAAAUAGCGCCCCACAUAGAGAGCAACGACGAUGGAACGUUGACGCUGGAGUACACACCACGUGAAUCAGGCACGCAUGACAUCAACAUGACUUACGAUGAAGUCACCAUUGAAGGCUACCCUCUGAAAGUGCAUGUAGAUGCAACUGACAAGCAGCACCUGAUAUCGGCCUACGGAAAUGGAUUGGUGAAAGGUUCGAAAGGACAGACGCUAAGGUUUUAUGUUGCCUGUGGACAAUCGGCUGAUGAUGUUGAGGUGACCAUAAAAGGUCCAAAAGGAAUGAUCAACUUGGACAAACACGUUGAUAACCACGGACAAAUUGUUUGCUCGUACGUGGCGGUCAGCAGUGGCGAGUAUCACAUCAACAUUGUUAAAUGUGGACAACACAUUCAUGGCUCGCCGUUUUUAGCUAAAAUUUCCGGUGAUGGUCGCAAAAAGUCAGUGAUCACACUUCCAUCCUUCAGUGACUACACGCUUGGAGGGCCAGAUAUUAACUUGGCCAACCUCUCAGGGCAGAUCAAAACACCAGAUGGCGAAGUGGUUCCUGUGAUGUUGAAGAGGAUGCCAAAUCGAAAAUUAGGCAUAUCCUCAUUUCAGCCGAAACGUAAAGGCGUGUACACAGUGGAGGUGAUGCAGGAGGGUGACAAUGUAAUGGGAAGUCCUUUUCAAAUCCAUGUCGGUGACCUUGAACUCUGCAGCCCCACCAAGGUCAAAGUUUCUGGUGCCACAAGUCAAGCAGAGGCUGGCGUGUGGAAUGAGAUCAACCUCAAUUUGUGCGAUGCCGGCUUCGGAGCAUUAUCAAUAAGCGUUGAAGGUAGUCAUGGAUUUGAUUUAGAGUCGAAGACCUGCGGACUGGGAGAGAACAUCAUUAUAAUGUACAGACCCCACGAGCCAGGCAUCUACGUCAUGUACAUCAAAUUCGGGCCAGACCACGUCACUGGAAGUCCUUUCAUGUUGAGCGUCACUGGUGAACCAUCUGGAAAGCAGAGAGAAGUGGCGAGCAUUGAUCUGCCUGAAAUGCAACCUCCAAAAACAGGAACAAACGCCUCCUUACUCAUCAACUUGCCGGGUAUCAACCCCUUGGACCUCUCAGCAAUUUUGUCAACACCCAGUGGCACCAUGGAUGAAUGUGAAGUUAGAGACAGAGAGGGCAGUCAGUUUGAAGUCAGGUUGACUCCAUUCGAAGCAGGAAUUAACGUCAUCAGCCUGAAGCAGAAGGGAGUUCAUAUGAGUGGUUCUCCUUUUCAGUAUACUGUUGCAGAUAAAAUUCUUGGAGGAGCUCACAAAAUUGAAUUCUUUGGACAGGGAGCUGAUUAUGGAAUUAUCGAAGCCAAAAAUUACUUCAACAUAUUUGUGCACGAAUGUGGACCUGGCCAGUUGUCGGUUGGUAUUGACGGUCCGUCGAAAGCGAAAAUCGAACUUACCGAUACCAAGACUGGCUUUGUGACCGUAAUGUACGAGCUGCAAGAGCCAGGUGAGUACAGUCUCGGUGUCAUGUUCAACGGCGAACACGUCAUCAAAUCUCCGAAACGCAUCAAGGCUCCCAAGGCAUGUCCAGGUGCAAAAUUGGUGACGGUGCAUAGUUUGAAAGAAACUGGACUCGAGACUGACAGGCCCUGCAUAUUCAGCGUGAACAACAACGGUCAGAAUGGUUCAUUCGAUGGACACGUCAUUGCUCCAAACGGGGCCAAGCAGGAGCUCAUCUUGCAGGAGAUUGACCACGAAGUGACGUCAUGCCAGUUUCUUCCACGUGACAACGGAGUAUACCGAGUUCACGUGACAUUUAAUGAAGUGCAUAUUCCUGGAAGUCCUUUCGCCAUAUUGAUAGGCAAGUUGGGAGCAGAUCCGGCUCUAGUGCGGGCUUCCGGAGAUGGCUUGAUCAAGGGGAAAGUCGGGUCAACCAGCAAAUUUGUCGUAAACACAGAAAGUGCAGGUCUGGGCUUACUAGCAACCAAAAUUGACGGCCCAUCGAAGGUCGCCAUAACGUGCAACGAAGCUGAAGAUGGUUACGAGUUUCAAUACACACCCACAGCGCCUGGUGACUACAUGAUCAAUUUAAAUUUCUGUUACGUGGAUGUCCCUGGAUGCCCCUUUAAAGCCGUUGUUACUGGUUAUACGUUGUUAUACGCGUCGGAACAGAUAGAAACAUCGAGUCUCAGUGUUGAAACUUGCGAGAGGAAACCGAAGAUCAAAUAUUUCACGGGGAACGCCAGCAAAGUUGUUCUGCACGGGAACGGAUUGAACCCAAAAUGCAUUGCCAACAGGACGAUGAACUUCAACGUAGACAUCAAGGAGGCAGGUCACGGCCUGUUGACUGUUGCCAUGGUUUCGCAAAAUGGCAACCCAGUGAAAGAGCUUUCGUACAAAAAGUUCAAACCGAACGUGUACAUUGUGACGUACAUCGCAGAUGAGAAGGGUGAACAUUAUCUGACGGUUCAGUGGGGAGAUAGGGAUGUACCUGGCAGCCCGUUCGUCAUUAUGGUCAAUUAA